GUGGGGAAAGCCGGACGCGGGGGUCUUCUGUUCCAUUUUCCGCCUUCCUUCCUUCCUUCUUGACCUCUAACGACUCCCUCCCACAGCAGCACACCCGCCCCGCCCACAAUUCUCUUUUUAUCGCUCUCUCUCUCUCUAAGACAAUGCAGCGGCCGCAGGACCACCGCUUUAGAUCUGCGAAGCCUUCCACCACCGUCCACGGCUGCGCCCAGGCCGGGGACCUCCCAGCCCUCCAGAAGCUACUCCGCGACAACCCUUCUCUCCUCAAUGAGCGAAACCCCGUCAUGGCACAGACACCCCUUCAUGUUUCUGCGGGUAACAAUAGAGCGCAUGUAGUUAAGUUCCUGCUCGAAUGGCAAGGACCCGAAAAGGUCGAGAUAGAAGCCAUGAACAUGUAUGGGGAAACUCCAUUGCACAUGGCUGCGAAGAAUGGAUGUGCUGAUACUGCACGAUUACUCCUUGCUCGUGGUGCUUUCAUCGAAGCCAAAGCAAAUAAUGGAAUGACCCCAUUGCACCUAGCUGUUUGGUAUUCUCUCCAUGCUGAGGACUGCCUAACUGUCAAGGUCUUGCUUGAGCAUAAUGCCGACUGCAGUGCCGAGGACAAUGAGGGCAUGACCCCGUUGAAUCAUCUAUCGCGAGGUUCAGCAAGUCAGAAGUUGCGGGAAAUGCUAAGUAACUACAUGGAAGAGCAGAAACGGAGAAAAGCUCUUCAAGCAUGCAGUGAAACAAAAGCCAAGAUGGAUGCACUUGAGAGAGAGCUAUCAAACAUUGUGGGCCUCCACGAACUCAAGGUGCAGUUACGGAAAUGGGCCAAGGGCAUGCUUUUGGAUGAGAGGCGCACAGCACUCGGGUUGAAAGUUGGCGCCAGGAGGCCUCCUCACAUGGCCUUUCUUGGAAAUCCUGGAACAGGUAAGACUAUGGUAGCAAGAAUUCUCGGAAAAUUACUACAUAUGGUUGGGAUUUUACCCACGGACAAGGUAACUGAAGUACAAAGGACAGAUUUGGUUGGGGAAUUCGUUGGCCACACUGGACCGAAGACCAGGAGAAAGAUUAAAGAAGCCGAAGGAGGGAUUCUCUUUGUGGAUGAAGCAUACCGUUUAAUCCCUAUGCAGAAAUCGGACGAUAAAGAUUAUGGGUUGGAGGCCUUGGAGGAAAUAAUGUCUGUAAUGGACAGUGGAAGUGUCGUCGUGAUAUUCGCGGGCUACAGUGAGCCCAUGAAACGGGUUAUAUCUUCCAAUGAAGGCUUCUGUAGAAGGGUGACAAAAUUUUUCCAGUUCGAUGACUUCUCCUCGGAAGACUUGGCUAAGAUUCUCCACAUCAAGAUGAACAAUCAGGGAGAAGACAGCUUGCUUUAUGGGUUUAAGCUGCAUGAAUCCUGCAGUGGAAAAGCUGUGGCGGAACUAAUAGAAAGGGGAACUACAGAGCAGCAGCGCCGGGAAAUGAAUGGAGGUAUAGUUGACACGGUUCUUGUUAAUGCCAGGGAGUAUUUGGAUCUUCGUCUUGAUUUCGACUGCAUAGAUGUGGAAGAACUGAGAACAAUCACUUUGGAGGAUUUAGAGGCGGGGCUUAAGUUGCUAUCGCAUUAAAAACCUGUGUCCCAUGUAUUUUUAUUUAUGUCAUACAAAAUGAUUGGUUGCUGUUAGGAUUAGGGGCGGGCUCGGGGUGGAUGAGCUCAAAAUAUAUGUCAACAUUGUUUGUAGAGAGGGUUUUGCGUCCUGAUUUGUAACAUAAGCUCAGGGUGUGACUCAGUCGAUUGUUUCAUGACGCUGUUCUCGGGAUCAUUCUUUUGCAUAAACUCAUUCAUCAUUUGUGAGAAAAAAUAAAGAUUGAUAUAUUUAUUGUA